ACACUGCAUGGGAUGUUAUUGACAACACACCACUGUCAAAUACACGCUCGCGUGGUUGCUUACCUUUACCAUUCUACGUCAGUUGUUUUGCAAUCAACGAAAAACCUUUUUUAAUUCCAGCAAAUAUUUGUUUUUUGUCUUAAUUUUGAAAGAAAUUCUUAUUACAGCAAUACUAUGACGAAUCCGGCUGGCGGUCAGGACAACGGGGCUGCUGCUGCCCCGGUGAAAACCGAAAAGCAGUUGAAAAAAGAAGCAGAAAAGGCAGCCAAGCUGGCAAAACUGCAGGAAAAGCUGAAUAAAAAGCAACAGCAAGAGCAGCAAGCAGCCGAAAAGCCAAAAACUGAGAAAAAAGUAAAAGAAACUAAGGUUGUUGCAGUAUACUCUGGUUCAACCAAGGAGGGAGAGAAGAAAGAUCUAUCCGGUCCAUUCCCCGACGCCUACAGUCCGCAAUAUGUGGAAGCAGCAUGGUACAGCUGGUGGGAAAAGGAGGGCUUUUUCAAGCCUGAGUAUGGACAGCGCAAGCUAAACAACCCGAAGGGACAGUUUGUGAUGGUUAUACCGCCACCAAACGUUACUGGCUCGUUGCAUCUUGGUCAUGCGUUGACCAAUGCCAUCGAAGAUGCUAUUACUCGGUGGCAUCGGAUGAAGGGCCGCACGACUCUGUGGGUCCCGGGAUGCGACCAUGCCGGAAUUGCAACGCAAGUCGUGGUAGAGAAAAAGCUCUGGAGAGAGCACAAACAAACGCGACAUGAUUUGGGACGUGAAAAGUUUAUCGACAAAAUUUGGCAAUGGCGCAACGAGAAGGGAGAUCGCAUCUACCAUCAGCUGAAGAAGCUGGGCUCGUCGUUCGAUUGGGAUCGCGCUUGCUUUACAAUGGACCCAAAGCUGUGCAAAGCCGUCACGGAGGCGUUUGUGCGGAUGCACGAGAUGGGCAUGAUUUAUCGAAGCAGCCGGUUGGUGAACUGGUCAUGCACGUUACGCUCCGCUAUCUCGGAUAUCGAGGUAGACAAGGUAGAAGUGAGCGGACGUACGCAGCUGAGCAUUCCCGGGUACGCGGACAAGGUCGAGUUUGGUGUGCUUGUAUCUUUCGCAUACAAAGUGAUUGGGAGCGAAAGCGAUGAGAUAGUAGUUGCAACGACGCGCGUUGAAACCAUGCUCGGCGAUACGGCCGUGGCCGUGCACCCCAAGGACACUCGGUACCAACAUCUGCAUGGUAAAUUCGUUCAGCAUCCGUUCUGCGAUCGCAAGCUUCCCAUCGUAUGUGACGAGUUUGUGGAAAUGGCGUUCGGAACAGGAGCGGUGAAGAUAACCCCCGCACACGACCCGAAUGAUUACGACGUUGGCAAACGGCACAAUCUACCGUUUAUAACCAUUUUCUCCGAUGAUGGAAUUAUUGUGGGUGACUAUGGAAGCUUCACUGGCAUGAAGCGGUUUGAUGCGCGCAAAGCCAUUCUGGUCGCUCUGCAAGAGAAAGGUCUGUACCGUGACACGAAAGAUAACCCGAUGGUGGUACCCGUCUGCUCUCGAUCGAAGGACAUUGUGGAACCGCUUAUUAAACCGCAAUGGUACGUUAAGUGCAGCGAGAUGGCUGCCAAUGCGACGGAAGCAGUGCGCACGGGUGCGCUUGCAAUAACACCGGAUGUGCACAAGAAAAUCUGGUAUCACUGGAUGGAUGAAAUCCGCGACUGGUGCGUUUCUCGCCAGCUAUGGUGGGGUCAUCGUAUUCCGGCCUAUCAAGUGGUUUUCAAGGAUCCGGCAAAAGCACCGAAAAAUUUGAGCGACGAAAACCUGUGGUUUGUUGGCCGUACUGAGGCAGAAGCACUCUCGAAGGCAGCUAGCACGUUGAAGGUGGAUAAAGCGCUGAUUAGCAUGAAGCAGGAUGAAGAUGUGCUUGAUACAUGGUUCAGUUCGGGUUUGUUCCCGUUUUCCGUGUUCGGCUGGCCGGACAAUACGGACGAUCUGAAGCUGUUCUAUCCUACGACACUGUUGGAGACUGGUCAUGAUAUUCUGUUCUUCUGGGUUGCCCGGAUGGUGUUCUUUGGCCAAACGUUGCUUGGCAAGCUACCGUUCAAGGAGGUAUUCUUGCACCCAAUGGUACGCGACGCUCACGGACGCAAGAUGUCCAAAUCGCUCGGUAACGUAAUCGAUCCGAUGGACGUUAUAACGGGUAUCUCGCUCGAGGGAUUGCAUAAGCAACUGUACGACUCGAAUCUGGACCCGAGAGAGAUCGAAAAAGCAAAGGCGGGACAGAAACAGGACUAUCCGAACGGUAUACCGGAGUGUGGCACUGACGCUCUUCGAUUUGCGCUUUGUGCGUAUAUGACUCAAGCGAGAGACAUCAAUCUGGAUAUUCAGCGCGUACAGGGCUACCGUUUCUUCUGCAACAAGCUGUGGAACGCGACGAAAUUUGCCUUGAUGUACUUCCCCGGAGCGGAGAAGUACGACAUCAUCACAUCACUGGAUGGUUUGGAAAGCAACCUCGACCGGUGGAUUCUAUCACGCCUUGCCGGGUGUAUUGAAACUGCAAACCGGGGUUUCGAAAAGUACGAGUUUGCCCUGGCUACAAACGCUUGCUACAACUUCUGGCUUUACGAUUUAUGCGACGUUUACCUGGAGUGUUUGAAAUCCGUUUUCCAAACGAAUGAUGAAUCAGCGAAAGCAUCCGCCCGUCGCACGCUGUACACGUGUCUCAAUUUGGGUCUGAAAUUGCUUUCACCCUUCAUGCCCUUUAUUACGGAGGAAUUGUACCAACGACUGCCCAGGGGCGAUUUUGCCACGGUUGCUAGUAUUUGUGUUGCAUCCUAUCCGGAGCAGACCGACAGCCCUUGGAAGGAUGAAUCGAUCGAAAAAGGAUUCGAAUUCGUGCAGAAAACGGCUCGGGACAUACGUUCGGCACGCAGCGACUACAAUAUUCCUAACAAGACCAAAACCGACGCAUACUUCAUCUGUAGCGAUGAAGGAGUACGCAGCGCACUGGAACGGUUCACUCUCGAGCUGGAAACGAUGGCAUUCUCGCAAGUGCACUUUGGCACUGUGCCUCCGGCAGGCUGCGCGAUUCUGACCAUUUCCGGUCAGUGUGUGGUGCACCUUAUGCUGAAAGGCCUGAUCGAGGUUGACAAGGAGAUCGAAAAGAUGACGAAGAAGCAGGAAGCCCUGCAACAGACGAUUGCAAAGUUGCAGCAAGCAAUGGCUGUCCCGAACUACGCGAACAAAGUGCCGGAAGAUGUGCGGAAAGCUAACGUCGAAAAGCUAGACCAAUCAAAGGUAGAAAUCGAACGUUUGUCUUCAGCAAUCGAUACACUCAAACUGAUGUAAUCCAAGCGCAUUUGGCACGUGCUGCCGUUAUUUUCACAAUCAACCUCAUUGCAUCGCGCACAUUAUUAAGGAGUCGGUUUACCCUUCAUAAUCAAUCGUUACAUAAAAGGAUGAUUUAUCACCUGAAUGUUAUACUUCUCGCUGGCAAUAAACGCUAAUAUCAUUAGUUUGAUGAAGAUUGUUUUCGUAACUAUCAAAA